GCCAAAAAGAAAUAUUACCCACCUCAAGAAUCGUUAAUGGUAACGAGUACCUGUGCCGAAGCUCAGUUACAGCCUCUAAUGGAUGUUACCGUUAGGCGUUUAUCGGAGUAUCUAGAAGAGGUAUUAAUAACUUUAAAGGAGAAAGAGCGUGAUUGCCUAACUAUAAUUAGUAAAUGGGGCUGCGAUGGGUCUCAACAAUCACAGUUCAAACAAAAACUAGAAAGUGACAUUGAUUCGGAUUCAAGCAUAUUCCAAAGCUGUUUUGUGCCUUUUCAAUUAGUUUCUGGAGAUAAAAAUGAAAAAGUUUUAUGGAAUAAUCUAACGCCCUCUUCGCCGCGAUUUUGUCAACCAAUAAGAUUCCGUUUUAUCAAGGAAACUAAUGAUGUAACUGAAGAGGAAAUAACACACGUCAAAAGCGCUAUUACCUCUUUAGUUCCAACAGAGGUCGACCUAGGAGGGAAAAGUUGUUAAUCAAGCACAAAUUUAUCAUUACCAUGGUAGAUGAAAAGGUCUGCAAUG